AAGGGGGGUGCGCAGCUUCGAGUUUGAGAGCUACCCGGAUCGCAAAGACAGGGGUGGGCCCCAGCACCCUGCGUGCCCCUCCUCUCCGUCGUAGGUAACGCAGAAGAGCCGGGGAGGUAGUUGGCGUUCGGAAGUGAGGAACGGGAGAAAGGCUGGUUCUGCGCUGCUAGCGGAAAGGGAAGCAGACGGGAGCUACAAUGGCCGGCCCUGGAAUUGGCUGUAGAAAAACUGUAGAAAAAGUAGGGAGGGAGGACGAAGAGAGGAAGCGUCUACACUUAGGGGAUCUAGGAGAGGGAAGGGUGGACCCUAUAAAUGGGAGGCAGUUCAUUCUAAAAAGUUGGGGCAUGCCCUGGAGGAGGGAGGCUGUCUGAUAGGAGGGAAUUGUGGAUGGAAGUUCUACGCUGGAAAUGGGUAGGGGGAUCUUCUGUGGGGGAACUGUGGAAAGGGGUCUACACUGGGGUGAGUGUAGAAGGUAGGGGUUUACGCGUGAGUAGCAUCUGCACUGAAAUAACCAGGGAGAGAGGGCUCUACCCUGAAAGUGGGGCUACCUGUUUUCAUUGAUGUGGGGGAGGGAGUAGACGGUUGGCACUGAAAGACGCUGGGGGACGGUCUACAGUGGUUAUAGGAGGGAGUCCUCGCUGAUUAGGGAGCCUCUCUGGACGAUGGGAGGACGGGAAGAGGAGCUUUCCUGUUUGUAUCCCAGGAAAAUAUGGGUGAAAGACCUGCGCCGUGGCCCGUUACAGAGAGGUCUGGGUGUGGAAACCCCAGGCCAAGAGGGCCCGGGAGGCUGCCUGCGCCCAGGAACUGCCCUGUGCGCGCAGGUGGGACGAUGGGAACCUCAAAGCCACGGAUCCUGCCCUGGCUGGUGUCGCAGCUGGACCUAGGGCAGCUGGAGGGCGUGGCCUGGGUGAACGAGAGCCGCACGCGCUUCCGUAUUCCUUGGAAGCACGGCCUGCGGCAGGAUGCUCAGCAGGAGGAUUUCGGCAUCUUCCAGGCCUGGGCCGAGGCCAGUGGUGCCUACACUCCCGGGAAGGAUAAACCUGACUUGCCAACCUGGAAGAGGAAUUUCCGGUCUGCCCUGAACCGGAAGGAAGUGGUGCGUUUAGCAGAAGACCGGAGCAAGGACCCUCACGACCCGCAUAAAAUCUAUGAGUUUGUGACUUCAGGAGGUGGGGACUUUUCCCAGCCGGACACCUCUCCAGAUACCAGUGGUAGAGGCAGUAUCUCUGAUACCCAGGAAGACAUUCUGGAUGAGUUACUGGACAACAUGGUCUUGGCCCCACUCCUGGACAGGCAGCCCCCAGGCCUCCCUGUGGCCCCUGAACCCCACCCUCAGCUCUUGCUGAGCCCCAGCUUGGACAGUCCCGCUCCCUGCCCAAACCUGGAGCUCCCUGAAAACCCGCUGAGGCGGCUGCUGGUGCCAGAGGAAGAGUGGGAGUUCGAGGUGACAGCCUUCUACCGGGGCCGCCAAGUCUUCCAGCAGACCAUCUCAUGCCCAGGGGGCCUGCGGCUGGUGGGGUCCGAAGCAGUAGACAGGAUGCUCCCUGGGCAGCCAAUAACACUGCCAGACCCUGGGCUGUCCCUGACAGACAGGGGAGUGACAGGCUACGUGAGGCGUGUGCUGAGCUGCCUGGGUGGGGGACUGGCUCUACGGCGGGUUGGGCAGUGGCUCUGGGCCCAGCGACUGGGGCACUGCCACACAUACUGGGCCGUGGGCGAGGAGCUGCUCCCCAGCAGUGGGCACGGGCCUGAUGGCGAGGUCCCUAAGGACAAGGAAGGAGGUGUGUUCGACCUGGGGCCCUUCGUGGCAGGUCUGAUUACCUUCAUCGAAGGAGGCAGACACUCACCACGCUACACCCUCUGGUUCUGCAUCGGGGAGCCAUGGCCCCAGGACCAGCCAUGGACCAAGAAGCUCGUGAUGGUUAAGGUGGUUCCCACGUGCCUCAGGGCCCUGUUAGAAAUGGCCCGGUCAGGGGGCGCCUCCUCACUGGAGAACACUGUGGACCUGCACAUUUCCAACAGCCACCCACUGUCCCUCACCUCCGACCAGUACAAGGCCUACCUACAGGACCUGGUUGAGGACAUGGAGUUCUAGGUCCCUGGGGCAGCCUGAACCCUUGCUCCUCAUGGGUGCGGGCCCCUAAUACUCAUCCUUGACCAAUAAACUGGUUCCUGCUGUGGUCA